AUGGUGGUGGUGAUGGAGAAGGAGAUGGAGAUGGAGCGCAGGGCGUACGCGCGCGUGGGCCUCCUCGGCAACCCGAGCGACGUGUACGGCGGCCGCGCCGUCUCCUUCGCCGUCGCGGGGCUCUGGGCCACCGUCCGCCUCCGCGCCUCCGACGACCUCCUCGUCCAGCCCCACCCGCGCCACGACCUCGUCGCCUUCCCCUCCCUCCACGCCCUCGUGGAGCGCCUGGACGGCGGCGGCUACUACGGCGGCGUGCGGCUGCUGCUGGCGAUCUGCAGGGUCUUCCACGACCACUGCAAGCACAGCGGGAUCGCCCUGGAGGACAAGAACUUCGCCCUCUCGUACGACACCAACAUUCCCCGCCAGGCCGGGCUCUCCGGCUCCAGCGCCAUCGUCUGCGCCGCGCUGAGCUGCCUCCUGGAUUUCUACGGCGUCAGGGACAGGAUCGGGGUCGAGGUCCGGCCCAGCCUCAUCCUCAACGCCGAGAAGGAGCUCGGCAUCGUCGCCGGGCUCCAGGACCGCGUCGCGCAGGUCUACGGCGGCCUUGUCUACAUGGAUUUUAGCCAGGAGCAUAUGGAUAAGCUGGGUCAUGGAGUGUACACGCCGCUGGACGUUGAUCUGCUCCCCCCUCUGUAUCUCAUCUACGCCGAGAACCCGAGUGACUCGGGCAAGGUCCACAGCAGCGUCAGGCAAAGGUGGCUCGACGGCGACGAGUUCGUAAUAUCAUCCAUGAAAGAAGUCGCGCAUCUCGCGUAUGAUGGCCACAAUGCGUUGUUGCAGAAGAAUUAUGCCGAGCUCGCGAGGCUUAUGAACAGGAACUUUGAUCUGCGGAGGAAAAUGUUUGGAGACGACGCGCUCGGUGAGUUGAACAUAAAGAUGGUUGAGGUAGCGAGGAGCGUCGGCGCCGCGUCGAAGUUCACGGGCAGUGGGGGCGCGGUGGUGGCCCUCUGCCCAGACGGUGAUGCGCAGGUGGAGCUCCUGAAGACGGCGUGCCAGGAGGCUGGUUUCGUGGUGGAGCAGAUUGAAGUCGCCCCGUCGGCACUGACAAAGGAGGAGCUGGCAAACUUAUCAAGUCAUCAGUAG